AUGAACUCUGCCAUCCGCAGCUGUGAGCACCCUGACGCCUUGAAGGGUGUUGGUGUGCUCAACUCCCAUGAAGGUGGCCAAGGCAGGAAGAAGGAUGACCAGUCCAGGGGUCCCAGUAGCAGCCACCUGGCUUAUAGCAUCCUGGAUAUCCCACCAUGGUAUCUCUGCAUCUUCUUGGGGAUCCAGCACUUCCUCACAGCCCUGGGGGGACUUGUGGCAGUGCCGCUUAUCCUGGCCAAGGACCUGUGUUUGCAGCAUGACCCCCUGACCCAGAGCUACCUCAUCAGCACCAUUUUCUUCGUCUCUGGCAUCUGCACUCUCCUGCAAGUAUUUUUAGGAGUCAGGCUACCCAUUCUCCAGGGAGGCACAUUUGCUUUUGUGGCACCCUCCCUGGCCAUGCUGUCCCUUCCCACCUGGAGGUGCCCCAUGUGGACACUCAAUGCCAGCCUGGUGAACACCAGCUCCCCUGAAUUCACUGAGGAAUGGCAGAAGAGGAUCCGAGAGCUGCAGGGAGCCAUCAUGGUCUCUUCCUGUGUCCAGAUGCUGGUGGGCUUCUCAGGCCUCAUUGGCUUCCUCAUGCGCUUCAUCGGUCCCUUGACCAUUGCUCCGACCAUCUCCCUGGUGGCCCUGCCUCUCUUCGAUUCUGCAGGCAACCAUGCUGGGAUCCACUGGGGGAUUGCUGCCAUGACCAUCUUCCUCAUCGUGCUGUUUUCUCAGUACCUGAAAAACAUUGCGGUGCCUGUGCCUGUUUAUGGACGAGAGAAGAAGUGUCACACCUCUAAGUUCUACCUGUUUCAGCUCUUCCCUGUGCUGCCGGCGCUCUGCCUCUCGUGGCUGCUUUGCUUCGUGCUUACGAUCACCAACGCCCUCCCCAAGGCACCCACAGCCUAUGGGUACCUGGCCCGCACCGACAUCAAAGGCGACGUCCUGAGCCAGGCUCCUUGGUUUCGCUUCCCUUACCCAGGACAGUGGGGCCUCCCCACCAUCAGCCUGGCUGGGGUCUUUGGGAUCAUCGCGGGUGUGAUCUCCUCGGUGGUGGAGUCAAUAGGCGAUUAUUAUGCCUGUGCCCGCCUGGUGGGGGCGCCACCCCCUCCAAAGCACGCGGUCAACCGAGGCAUCGGCAUCGAGGGCCUGGGCUGCCUGCUGGCAGGGGUCUGGGGGACGGGGAAUGGCACCACCUCCUACAGCGAGAAUGUUGGCGCACUAGGCAUCACCAGGGUGGGGAGCAGGAUGGUGAUUGUCGCCGCGGGCUGUGUUCUGCUCCUGAUGGGCGUAUUCGGGAAGAUUGGGGCUGCGUUUGCCACCAUACCAACCCCCGUGAUUGGAGGCAUGUUCCUGGUGAUGUUUGGGGUCAUCACUGCUGUGGGGAUUUCCAAUCUGCAGUACGUGGACAUGAACUCAUCCAGAAACCUCUUUGUAUUUGGCUUCUCCAUCUACUGUGGGCUUGCCGUUCCCAACUGGGUGAACAAGAACCUGGAGAGGCUCCACACAGGGAUUCUUCAGCUGGACCAGGUCAUCCAGGUGCUACUGACCACGGGCAUGUUUGUUGGUGGAUUUCUAGGCUUUCUACUGGACAACACCAUUCCUGGAAGCCUGGACGAGAGAGGCCUCCUGGCAUGGAAUCAAAUCCAGGAGUCCGAGGAGACUAUGAAGGCCUCGGAGGUCUACGGCCUCCCCUGUGGGAUCGGCACCAGGUUCUGCACGUCCUCCUGUGCCCGGUGCCUCCCCUUCUGGCCCAGGCGGGACCACGGUGGGAAAGCUGAGGUGGGAGUGAGCCAGCUCACGCUCUGCUCCCGGGACUCCUCAGCAGAGCUGCCCACGGGCGCCGCAGACACCAGGAUGUGA